CGGGCGGCGCGGGGGCAGGGCCAGGCUGCGCGCGCUCUCUCGCUUGCUGGGCGACUGGCCGGGCUGGGGCGGGUCGGGAUGGCGCCUCCUCCGCCUCCGCCCCAGCUGCUGCUCCUGGCAGUGCUGGUGGGGCUCCUGUGUCCCAGUGAGGUGGUGGCUGAGCUGGCGGAGGAGGCGGGAGCCCGUUGUCCCGAGGGCCUGUGGCCUCUGCCCCCACAGGUGUCCCCAAGAGUGACCUACACACGGAUGAGUCCACAGCAGGCCAAGGAUGUCAGCUUCCUCUACCACCCCUGUGCCCACCCUUGGCUGAAGCUCCAGCUUGCCCUCCUGGCUCACAUUUGUGUGGCCCAGCCCUCACUGGCGCCUGACCCCAGCCUCACUCAGGAUCGGCCCCUGGUGCUGGCAGCAUGGGGGGUGGUGCUGGAGAUGGCAUGGGUCGAGCCAGCCUGGGCUGCCCGUUGGCUGAAGAGGAGGAGGCGGCGGAAGCAGAGGAAGGAGAAGGCAUGGUUGCGUUCUGACAGCUUUUCUGGGUCCUCUCCCUUGGUGCCAGUGCCCAGCAGAGGGAGGCUGUGCAGGAGAGGGUGUGUGCAGGCCCUGGCUUUGGCCUUUACUCUGAGGAGCUGGCGGCCCCCAGGCGUAGUGGCAGCAUCCAGAGUGCCUAGGCAGCUCUCCCCUGGUGGAGCCAAGAGACGUGGGCUGCGGGCUGCCUUUGGUCUCCAGCCCACCCCCUCCGCCCUCUCUGUUUCCCCACUGAGCUUAGAGGCCAAGCAGCCCAUGUUGGGACCCCAGGGUGAAGAUAAUGCUCCACCUGUGCCCACUGGCACCCUCCUGCCUGGGGGUCCUGGGGGCCUUGGAGGCAGUAUUAGCUCCAGGCCGGAGGCUCAGAUGCCCAAAGGGCAGAGCAGCCCAGGGGGCUGUGCCUGUCCUAGUCUGGCUUCUCCGGCCCCUCGGGCAGCAGCGCCUCCUCGGGCAGCCCGGGGUCCCACGCCGCGCACGGAGGAGGCCGCCUGGGCUGCCAUGGCCCUGACCUUCCUGUUGGUGCUGCUCACCCUGGCCACGCUCUGCACUCGGCUGCACCGGAACUUCAGGCGAGGGGAGAGCAUCUACUGGGAACCCACAGUCGACAGCCGGGACACAGUGGCUGCUGUGCUGAAGCGGAGGCUGCUGAUGCCCCCUCGUCGGGUGAAGCGCUCCCGCCGGAGACCCCUCCUCCCACCCACGCCGGACAGCGGCCCAGAUGGGGACAGCUCCGAGUGACCUGCCCCACCCCUGCCACUGUGGCAGGUCUGGCUCCUCCCGCUGGGAGGCACUGCGCACAAGGUCGCCCCCUGGUGGCCCGAUGGAGCAGUCCUGCCUAAGCCCGCGAAGGGGCUGGUCCGGUGUGUGGUUUGCUGGGAGGGGGUGGGGGUGGGGGCGUUGGAAUGCCAAGGAGCCCUUUCAGCCUCCGUUGUGAAAACUCCGUUUUCCUUAUUAAAUUAUUUUAAUAGAG